UUGCUGAAACCUGGCAUCCCAACAAGGUACCAUGGUCACCAGGGCGGUGUUCAUUAUCGCAUUUGUAGCAUCUGUGGCAGUUGCGGACCCUGCCCAAUACCUGGAUUGUGGAUCAUCAGCAAAGCUCCAUUCUGUUGAUGUAACUCCCUGUCCCGCCAGUGUGACAUGUGGGCUGAUCAGAGGUGAAAAUGCCAGCAUUGCUGUCACGUUUACUACAGAGAAGGUAGCGAACUCUGUCGUCGCUGUGGUUCACGCAAUCGUGGCAGGAGUUCCCCUCCCCUUCCCACUCCCCAACCCUGAUGGCUGUCAGGACUCUGGCCUGGAGUGUCCUCUCAACUCAUCCACAACUUACACACACACUACCAUACUGCCUGUCAAAUCAGGUUACCCUAUGACAAUAUAA